AGAAAGUGAGAGGGGGAAUAGUCACAGCGAGGAAAAAGAGCUAAACAAGCUGAAAAGGAUGGGGUUAAAAUAAAGGAUCAGAAGAAAAAGAGGAAGAAUAGUCGAUCAUAGUAUGACUGCAAAUUAGAAGCACAGCUGCCAGGGAGGAGAACGAGAAAGACGUGUUCCCAAUAAUGGCAAGCCUUCCCAAAGAUCUGCCUGAGGAUGCCAGGAAGCAGAGUUUCUGGAUGCCCGGGAAUUAUGUACACACAGUGCAUCGAACUGAACAGUCCUUCCAGUCAUGCAACGACAUAGUGGCCUGCUUCAUGGAGAGAGCAAAAGUAGAAAAACAGUACGCCCAGCAGCUCAGCCAGUGGAGCAGCAAGUGGAAGUCUGUUGUGGAUUCUCGGCCACUUUAUGGCUCCCUCAUGAGGGCAUGGCAGUGUUUCUUCACCUCCACCGAGCGUUUGUCCGCACUCCAUUCUUCCAUUUCCCAGUCGCUGAUUGCAGAGGAAGGAGCCCGGGUGAAGACCUGGCAAAAGGAGACUUUCCCAAAGAAAAUCUUCUGUGGGUUCAGGGAGAGCUACGACAACAACACGAGUUUUUCACGUGCACAGAAACCGUGGUCCAAAAAGCUGAUGAAGCUGGAGAAGGUUCGAGUUGCAUACCACAAGGCCUCUCAGAGGGAGCAAGCAGCUCUAGACAAAGAAAAGCAAGCAAACGACAACUCUGAGAUGAGCCAAGAGAAAAAGCAGAAGAUAGUAGAGGCCAGAGAGAAGGCCACAGAGGAGAAGGAAAUGGCUAGAGAUAGAUAUGAGAAAAUCCUGGAGGACGUGUCGUCCUACACGCCUCGAUAUAUGGAGGAGAUGGAAGCCAUUUUCGAGCAGUCGCAGGAGGAGGAGAGGAAGAGGAUCAGCUUUCUCAAGCAAGUCUUUCUGUCCAUCCACAGACACCUGGAUGUGACCAACAAUGAGAGUGUGAAGGCAGUUUACAGUGAGCUCCACCAAACUUUGAUGGCCAUCGAUGAGCAAGAUGAUCUCAAAUGGUGGAAGAACAAUCACGGUCCAGGCAUGCCUACCGACUGGCCAAAGAUUGAGGAAUGGGUCCCACCAGUAAAAAAGCUUAAGAGAAAGAAGAGAGACCAAAAAGGAAAGGAAAGCCGACCUGUGAUGAUUGGGGGUGUGAAGGUGCGAGCUCUGUACGACUACGUGGGAGAGGAGGGCGAUGAGCUGUCCUUUAAAGCAGGUGAAGUGUUCCUGAAGGUUGAGGAAGAGGAUGACCAAGGCUGGUGCCGAGGAGUACUGAGCGGAGGGAAGGAGGGCUUCUACCCGGCCAAUUACGUUGAAGUUGUCGAGUGACGUUACACUGUCCAACGUAUUUUGCCCUCAAUCUUUUUCUUACAAAGACUCGGUUGUUAAAUUGUUCAUAAAACACCACUUAUUUAUCGUCUAAGAUGUCGUCACACUGAGAUAAUGUCAGAUAUAAUUUUUCCCAGCCAUUUUUAAAUGUUUUAAGGCCUUAAUAGCCUAACCCACUGGGUUCACAUACUUAUUAAAUUUGAAUUAACUUAUGAAAGAAUAGAAUGUACUCUUUCUGCUGAAUGUGUAUGUGUUUGUGUGUGUUUAUGUGUUUGCAUGUUUACGAGACAACAUAAAAAAAAUACGAUAUUUAUUUACUGCCAUCAUGUCUGGGUCAUUAGGUCACACAUGAAGCUGAUAAUUAUUGGUGGGGUUUACACAGGUACAUGUUUACAGUGGUGUGAGCAUGUAAUGCUGAUUUUUGAGUAUUAAGCACAGAAAGGUGGCUUGACUCAGGAUGGAUUUUCAAAAUAAAAGUCAUCAC